AACAUGGCGUCUGUUUUUGCGCCACGGAAGAUUAUUUUAAACGGGGUGCAGACGGAAGAGCGCCCUCUCUUAAAGAAUGGUUGCGUUGUGCUGCACGACGGUAAUCCCGUGUAUGUGACCGAAGGUAAGACAGUGCACUGUCGUGCGAGCGAUUUUCGUGUUGUUUAUGUCUCAUUUGUGCCCUCACGCAGGAGGCACACACAUCACGUUUGCCGAUGAAGGUUACUGCAAUGGUGGUGCGUCGGACACCAAGAAGACCGCCGAGGGCGAUAAGGACGGGUCACCCGCGCGCGCACCACAAGAAACGUCCGCUCAAGCCAAAGUUGAAGCUGAAGACACACAGCUGUGGCCGCAUGACAAAGUGCUGUUCCUUAUUGAAACUAGAAAGACAUUCGAAGCCGACAAGCAAAACCGGCUAAAAACAAAACGGGACGAAUGGAAGACCCUGGCGGCUGCCAUUAACGCGGAGUUUGGCAGCCAUCUCAACGCAAACCAGGUAGAAAACAAAUGGAGAACCCCGAGGAGAUCCUACAUGAAGGCUAAGAGCCACAACAGUCGCUCGGGAAAUGACCUGAAAGUCGCCGAAUUUGAGGAGUAUGUGCUUUAUACUCGUGCUUUAUAUAUGAACUCUCAUUUUUUAAUUUAAGAAAUAAUGAUGGUCGACUUUGUUCCCACUACCAAUUAGAUUUCAAUAUAGUGAAAACAUGCAGUGCAUGUGGCAGUUAGCGUGACUGUAGUUCUCACUGUCGGUCAAAUAAACGAACUCGGAGGUUCCAUACGAUUGACAUUUGUUGUAACGAUUUAAGCAAGAUUGAGGCAUAUAACUUGUAAAAAAAAACAUUUAUUCAUUCCAUCUGCAUCGUGACGUUGUUUUCAUCAAAAUUACGAUGAAUUGUGACGUUCGAUAUGUAUACCGGCCGCUAUAUACCAGCAUGUUGUGUUGAGCUUGCAUGCAUACCCGUAAUAAUAUUGUGACAAAUAUAUUGUGCAUGUCAUUGUCAUUACAAUUAUCAUGAUUUAUAUCACCAGGCAGCUCAGCGAGGUGUUUGAAAAACACCACGCUGUCAACCCGAUGUACCUGCUCGAGCCGGGAGUAGUGAAAGAAAGCAAUGACACUCAGCCCCAGCCAGUGGAGCAAAAAGCAGGUGGCUCGGACGAGCCCGUUCAUGUUCCAUCAGCAGUGCAACAGCCCCAAUCCGGACCAUCUGCGGCCAAGAAGUCCCGCAAGAACAAAAAUGUCACGGAAGCUCUUCUCUCGCGAUUAGACGAAGCGGAGAGGAACAGGGCUGAACGGCAUAAGGAGUUUAUGGCCAGUCGGGUCCGGCAUGAAGCUUUGCUCGAAAGGCUUGUGGUGGCUGCAGAGAAUUACUUUUCUGGUAGUUCUCGGCAGCAAUCUGAAGCCGAGUAAUUUACCUGUGCUUUUUUUCCUUUUUUUUCAUAUCUUUGUAUUGUAUUGCAAUUCACUUCAUUUUUUCUCACGUUUGCAUGUUUUCAAGCAACACAGCCUUGCUUUUUUGUGUGUGCAUUUAAAUUAAUUUGAUGCCCUCUUUAUUUAUGUUCAGAACAGGUGUGUGUUUGAGUCAUUUUCUCGUGUUUUAAUCAGCCGCUCGCUGUACAUAUUAUUAUUUAUGUUGUUCUUUUGUUCCAUAUCAGUAAUUCCAGCGAUCUAACUUGAACAUUUUAACCCUAUAGUCCUGUAUUAACGAUAUUGAUCCCAGUCAAAAAUAAACUUUUUGCCGUUUAAAGAU